CUGUUUCACGUCCCAGGCACCAGCGCCGAAUCUGCCUUCAAGUCAGCCCGCAAGGCGGCCAUCGUCAGCCGCAAUACCGGAACCGAACACCAAAAAACCCCCCACAAAACAAGCUUCAUUCCGCAUCCGCACAACGUAGCACGACUUCACCUCAUUUCAUCUCGUAUGUAACAAGAACAGAACUUCCCCCUCCUCUCGUCACUUCUUCAUUCAAGCACAAGACAUCAUUGCAAACGAAAGCACCAAAGGCACCACUGCCACCACUACCACCACCACCACCACCAUGGCAGCCAACCCCGAAACCGCUCAAACCGCUCAACAACCUCAACCAUCACCACGCCCCCCACCGCCAACCUUCAACCUCCUCUACCCCCCUUCCCUAGAACCCUACAACGUCCCCGCAACAACCUGGCUCACAACCAACUCCAAAUCCUGGGACGGCCUCGCAACAGGCGCCCUAGUCUUCUCCGCCUCAACCAACAAAAUCCUCCUCCUCCAGCGCGCAGCCCACGACAGCAUGCCCCUACGCUGGGAGACACCCGGCGGCGCCGCAGACCCGGAGGACGCGAGCCUCUUCGCCGCCUGUGCGCGCGAGCUGUGGGAGGAGGCUGGUCUUGAGGCCGGGGAGAUUGUUAGGGUCGUGAGCGAGGGGGAGGAGAGGGAGCCUGGGAGCGUGUUUACGAAUCGGAGUGGGACGAGGUUGUUUUGUCGGUUUGCGUUUGAGGUAAGAGUGAGGGAAGAUGGAGAAAAGGGGGUGGAGGAGAGGGUUAGGAUCGAUCCUGAGGAGCAUUGUGAUUAUGUGUGGGCUUCUGAGGAGGAGGUUAGGAUGGAGAGGGUUAGGGAGAGGCAGAUUCCAAUUACGAACGGGCAGAUGGCGAGAUUGAUUCUUGAUGGGUUUCGGAGGAGGAGGGAGGAGGGGGUUUAGAGGGCAGACGAAGGGUUGAUGGGUCUUGGGGAGAUGUUGACGAUGGUGACCUUGAUCGUCCUCUUGAUCUCGUCGACGACGAAUGACUACAAAAACACUAGUAGACGGGGCUGAUGAAAAGAGGAUGUGAAAGAACAAACAGGACUACGGCACUGGUAUUGCUUCGGUUCCGAAGACAAGAUAUGUUGAUUGCGUGAAGCGAAGGAGACAAGCAUAUCCCAUUUUAGCUAGAACUAGAAGUCAUACUCGAGCCAACAUACAACGCGGAUACACAAAACACCUCCAUCUAAGUCAAUUUGGCAUUCUCCUCUUAUGUA